UGCAGAAACCUGUUUAUACUACAAACAAAAAGCGGCUGUCAAAGGUGGAGCUUUACCUCAUUUAUGGCAGCGUUCAUCUAGUGAGUAACUCCGGCUCAAACCACCCUCGGUCGGGUUUGUGCAUUUGGUGACUCUCUGAUGUCCGACAAUCCGUGAAAGCAGCACCGUGGGCUGGCCGACAUCUGUGGCAGCUUCGGCAGCAGCGUCCGUACACAGUUUCCGCACUGAGGCUCAGACAGGCGGACAUCGGUAACAAUACUCGGCUGAGUUGGACACAUUGAAGCAGAAACAACGUAGGGAACCCCCACCAAACACAGCAGCCACAAACACACAGAAGGAGCCAUGGUGGAGUACUACCAGAUACUAGGAGUCCAGAAAAAUGCAACGCAGGAGGACAUCAAAAAAGCUUACAGAAAAUUGGCAUUGAAAUGGCAUCCAGACAAAAACCCAGACAACAAGGAGGAGGCAGAGAGGAAGUUCAAAGAGUUGUCAGAGGCAUAUGAGGUUCUCUCAGAUGAGCAGAAGAGGAAUAUUUAUGACCGAUAUGGCAAAGAAGGCCUUUCAGGAGGUGGAGGUGGAGGAGGUGGAGGAGGAGGCCAUUACGGUGACUUCGGCAACUUUGUAUUCCGAAAUCCUGAGGACGUUUUCCGGGAAUUCUUUGGAGGCAGAGAUCCUUUUGCAGAUUUGUUUGCUGAUGACCCCUUUGACGAUUUCUUCGGAGGCGGGCGCAGUCGCCAUCGGGACGCAGGCCGUAACCGCAUGGGCGGCUCAGUCUUUGGCUUUGGGGGCUUCCCAGGCUUCAGUUCUAGCUUUGCCGGUUUCGAUUCAGGUUUCACUUCAUUUGGAGACAUGGGAGGAGGAGGUAUCACCUCUUUCAGUUCUUCAUCCUUUGGUGGCGGAGGGGGGAUGGGAAACUUCAGAUCUGUCUCCACCUCCACUAAGUUCAUCAACGGCAGAAAGAUUACUACGAAACGCAUUGUGGAGAACGGCCAGGAGCGCGUGGAAGUGGAGGAGGACGGCCAGUUAAAGUCUCUAACAGUAAAUGACGUCACAGCUGAAGAGCCCUUGGACAAAGAAUGCUGUCGUCGGAGACCCAAUGCACUUCCUGGCUUCGGUUUGCAUCAGCGCUACCUAAGAAACUCCGCCCAAAACCCUCUGGAGGAAGAGGAGGAGCAUGUCCCACAGAGCCAUGGACUAAUGAGAGGACACACAGACACCAAGAGGAAGAAACUGUGGUUGAAAGAGGCAGAGUCCAAAAAGAAACGAGCUCCUCGUCUCUUCCCGCGUUUCGGCGGAUUCGGUGCAUUUUUUUAAUCACUGGUCACACACACAACUACGCCGAACUCUCUUCCUCGGCGGCUUGAGGAGACCUCACCUACAGUGGACCUCUGUGUCUGACGAGCAUCUUUAGUAGUGACGCUUUGGCUGUAUUUGUGACAGGUCGGCGCUCUGGAUGCAGAGGGAGCGUUCAAAACCCUACUGAACCACACAUGGCCGGACCUUUCCACCUCCUACAGCAUGCUUUGAGAGAGAGUUCCGCUUUGUCAUAAGCAUGAAAAUUACUGCGCUAAUCUUUUUUGAGUCAAGACGAGGGGGGGGGGGUGGAUAACAACGUGAGAACCCUUUAAAAGCACCAUCUCCCCUACCCCAACCGCUAAAGAGUGAAAAAUAGUUAUUAAACACCCUCAAGUCAUUAUUUUGUCACUUCUCUUUGUACUGAGUGGCUUCAGGAAUGUGACAUCUUUGUAGCUUCCUUUGUUUUAUUUGCUCUUGACAGAUUCUUCUUUUUUUUUACAAAUAAAUGCUUAAAGAAAAACAUGUCCCAGUCGAAGCUAUACAAAGUACUUUGUAUCAUAUUAUAUUGCUCAUCUCAUCUUUAUUAUAAUUUGCUGUGUGGAGGCCAUCCAUAACCUUUAAACUAAAGGCGUAUUUAGUUAUAUCUUUCAAAAGGUUCCUUAAUAAACCCAGAGUGAGCAUUUGUUAACUUGUGCCUCUCUAACAUAUCGUGUAAGAACAUCAAACAAGAGGUUGCGAUCUAAAAGCUCCAACCUUGAGAAACGUUUCGCUUGAGGAAGAGUAAACCUGAUUGUUUGUUUAGAGUGCAAUGCACAGGCAACAAUGAAAAGUUUACACCUAAUUUCUUAGCUCCGCUGUUUGGUCCCCACUAAGAGGUUACCACCAGUGUCUGCCUGAAAGGUCAACUUUCACCAUAGUGGAGCCGCUCCUCUGUAAAAUCAACAGCUCGGUCAACUGGAACGAUGCUAAAACGCUCUGUCCAGUUGAAGGGAGCUGCAGAGUUUUGCAAUAGUUCUCUGUGACAGUCGGUUGAUGAUAAAAUGCUAAUUACAGCAGCUUUAAUUAAAUUGAUCCCAAGCAAUUGCAUCAACAAAACCUCAACUCUGUACAGUACGAGGUGUAAGCCUCAAAAAUGGCCAAGUCUUAAUCGAUAUCCUUUAUUUGCUCUAAGGCCGGGUCUCAUCUGAGCUGCAGCAUCCUCGUACGUACCUGCUGUGUGCUUUCUUACCAACUCUUCCCUGAGUAAUUGAAGCAGGACCCAAACACCGGGGAUUUUCCUGUCACAUGGCUGAGCCCUGGAAGGCGCAGUAUUCACAGAUUAUUUUCAAUCAGCCUGCAGUGUUUUGUAUUAUUCAUGUAGCAGAACGCAUGCACAUGACCCAGCAACUCAUUUGGCCCUUGUUUCCAUGCAGCCAGCAGUCUCUAAGGGUUUAAUUAGCCGGUGUCGAGGCAGUGGCCCAUCUCUCCCUCCACCGCCGUACUUUCACGCAGCCAAAGUCAUCUCCCAGCUGCCUCUGACUCCUCAGACACGGCGAAGUCCUCCGUCCACUUCCACUCGGAGGACUUCUACCUCCCGGGGAGCGACGAGCCGCUCGCUGUCAGCCGCUGUCAGCCGCCGUCUGCCUCCGCUUUAAAGACAGGAUCACCCGCUUCCACCUGAGAGAAAGAAAAGAUGGAGACGUUGUUGGGUUCCGGGUGUGAGGACAAAAAUAAAACCAGACACUGGCUCUUCUUUGUAUGUUGCAUAUUUUAUUAUUAAAACAACAAAAUUAUUUUUUAGUUUUCUCUGUUAAUAAAAAAGCCAACUUUGCUCUUGG